GUUAGUCAGUGUUGUGUAGUUGUGUGCAUACUUUCUUCCGUCUGUGUGUCAAACUUAUGAACUUGUUUCACAGUCAGGCUGCGGGAGAGAGUGAAGACGGUCUCCUCGUUCAAGACUGUCGGCAGAAAUGAAGAGCCAACAGAAAAGCCCUGAACCAGAUGGGAGUGUUACUGUCAACGAGGAAGGGUCCGUAGCCACCGCAGAGGACCCGGCUGCUAUUGCCACCAUUCAGUCUGCUGCCACCUUCACUGAUCAACCCAUCAAAUAUCUCUUCAAGACGGAAGGAGCAGGCGGACAGGUGACCUACAGGGUGAUCCAGGUGUCGGAUGGUCAGCUGGAAGGUCAGACAGAUGGAGCUGCGGCGGUCAGCCUGGUCACAGGUUUCCCUGCAACCACUCAGACUGUCACGCAGGCAGCGGCGCUGAGACACAGUACACCUACUAUCCCGCCAUCAUCGCAGACGCCACAACUGGCACCAUGGUGACCACAGUGCAGGCAUCUGAUACGCUGCUGGGACAGACCACACCCACAG